ACGGCCGCGGCCGUAGCAGCGGAGCUGGGCUGCGCGUCGGAGACGGUGCCCGAGCUGCGGGCCGUGUGCAGCACUGAUGUGUUAAUGUCUUCUGAUAAAGAAAAGGAUCUGGAUGUUAUUCCUGAAGAUAGCAGUCUUCUAACUCUUCGAAUUAGAAAGAAGGCUUUAGAGAGGAGAGAAGAAACAAUUAUUGUGGAUCGGGCUUGCAGACAAGAAACUCUUACCUAUGAGUUGGAGUCACAUGCAAUUGGAAAGAGGCCAAACAAUCCAACAGAUCUAGUUGAGGAGGGAGAACUGCUUUUAACUCUGAACAUCUUCUAUCCUGUCAUCUUUCAGAAGCAUAAAGAACGCAAACCCUAUCAGACAGUCCUUGUACUGGGCAGCCAGACACUCACCGAGCUCAGAGACUCGAUUUCCUGCGUCAGUGACUUCCAGAUAGGUGGUGAGUUCAGCAGUCAGCCAGAUCAAGUACCAGAGCAUGUCACCAAGGAUUUCUACAAAUCUGCUUUCUUUUAUUUUGAAGGCAUCUUUUAUAAUGAUAAAAGAUACCCAGAGUGCAGAGAUCUAAGCAGAACAAUUAUUGAGUGGUCAGAAUCUCAUGACAGAGGCUAUGGAAAUCUUCAGUCUGUUAAAAUGGAGGACUACACAUUUAAUGAUUUGUACCUCAAAAUUGGCUUUCCAUACCUUUUCUGCCACCAGGGGAACUGUGAGCACAUCAUUAUCAUCACAGAUGUAAGGCUCAUUCAUCAUGAUGACUGCCUGGACAGGAACCUCUACCCCUUGCUAAUCAAGAAACACUGGUUAUGUACCAGAAAAUGCUCUGUGUGCAAAAUGUAUACAGCCAGAUGGGUAACCAACGAAGACAGUCUGGCACCAGAGGAUCCAUGUUUCUUCUGUGAUGUUUGUUUUCGGAUGCUCCAUUAUGAUACAGAAGGCAAUAAAGUGGGGGAGUUUCUUGCAUAUCCUUAUGUUGAUCCUGGGAUUUUCAGCUGAAACUGUCACAAGCCAGGAUGAAUUCAGCGAACUACAUUGGUGCAUCUGUUGCUCUGGCUGCCAAAACCACCAGACAGCUUGAGUUUUAAGCAUACUGUUGGGUUUUGGGUUAGGCUUUUAAUCCUCUCCUCGAGGUGGAAAGAGCCUGUUGCACUGGAAGUCUUUUUGGUGUGCUUUUCUGAGUAAGUGUGAUUUUAAAAGGUAAGUUAGCAUGGAAAAAUAUGCUGACAUCUACUUUAUUUUAAUCAGUUACAUUUUUAAUACACUUUUACAACAAUACAGUAGUUUGGAGACUAUAAACUAAAAAUACAGAUGUUUAAAGAGAGAAUACCUUGCAAAAGCACCCAUGAUUUUGAGAAGUUCUGUGCAUCAAAGGCUUUGUAACCUCAAAACAUGAGAAUAUGGUUCUUUGGCAUUUUACCUUGAAAACUCUGGCAGUUGUCAUCUCUGAAUAAGAGUGGAUAGUACUGAAUUUGUGGGGAGGAGAACAGUUUCUGAGAGAGAAGCUCACAGUGCUUAUCUUCAAAGGUCUUUCCUGCUUGCAUCUGUAAGCUACUUCUGUCCUUUUGAUUUGAUUCUGAGUACGAAGAGUAAACUACAUUUCACCGAUUACUGAAUUGUAGCCUGCCUUUCAAAUAACUAACUGUUGACAGUGCAUGCAGUUUUAACUGUUGAUAGUGUUCAUUGUACACUUUUUAAAGUACCACUCUGUUAUUGUAAGUAUUGGUUUUUACUGCAUUGUGACCAAUUUGUACUUGCUAAUCUGAUGUUAAGUUGAAACUCUGCUUGCCAAGACAGAGUAUAUUUAUCUAGUGCCUUGCUUUUUAAAGUAAUCUGGAAUUCAGAAGAUUUUAGUGGAGAUCUUGCUGUUUAGGAAAGAUAGUAGCACUAACUGCUUUUCUUUUGAAAGCUUCAGCUAGUUCUCAAAAAAAAGCCUAGUUCUGGUUGGUGUAAAAGUCAGCCAGCUCUGAUAACCUGCAUACAGAAAUGUAUUUGAUAAACUGAAUUUUGUGCAGGUCCUGUGGCUGCAGGUUUGUAAGUGCUUACUUGGCUGUAGAUGUCUUGAAACAAAAGUCUUAAGCAUUUGCAGGACUCCAUUCAUCGCUCACAUACCUGACUGUUUUCCAGUGGUGUAUUAGGUCAUGUAAAUAUAAAUCUCGGGGGUUUUUAGGACCAAAAGAAAGGGGAAUUUUUUUUUUUUUAGUCUUUUAAAUCAGACAGCUGACUUUGGCCUGUGUAUUUUGGAAACAGAGUAGUGAACAAAGGACUUCUAACAGCAGGUGGUGGUAGUUCUCCUUCAGCCAUCUGCAUAAGAGGAAGUGGCCUGCCGACCACAACUGUCUCAACUACUAGGGCUGGACUGUGUUGUGGUGCUGUGACAGCUGCUUUAAAGAUCCCCUGCAGUACAACUCUGGUUGCAACUUCAGUAUUUGUCUCAUAAAUUGCUAAUCUUCAUCCUUCCCCAGCCACAUCCCCUGACAGCUGUCUCCUGGUAACAUAGGGUCUUCCCAAUCCUCUUCAGUUUUGGAACUGAGAUUGUGUAGACAGCUGGUGUAAUUUCUAAAGAUACCAUUUGUUUGUUUGAUGGCUUCUUAUGCUGAAUUCUAAGGUGGCUAUCAGUAGGCUUUUUGUGUGGAGGUUGUUUCUUUUUUUUUCUUCAGCAACAGGGAGAAGGGAGUGGCCAAAGUGUGAAUUUAUUCUUUCAUUAAACUAAUUCUGCCUUGGUAUGCUAUUUUUCACCCAACCCAUUCACCUUCUUUGCAGUACAAAUUUAUGGUCAAAUAUAUUCAAAAUUGCUGUCCCUGCAGAUUAGGAAAUUUGGUAGGGCUAGUUCUGUAUUUCCAGUAAGGCAAAGAGAAGCUGUCCACAAUCUGCGUGUGGGAGUGCAUCCUGUACUUAACUACAAAACAGGGAAGAACUCAUAUCAGAAGGUGCUGUUUAUGUGUUCUGUCCUGUUUCAUAUUGAAUGAUU